AUGGACAUGGACAUUUGGGCGCGACAAGGCGGCGAUAAUGCGAACACUGGGCAAGGCACCCCGCUCGGUAGCGACAAAACGGAGCAGAACAACCCAUUUCUAAGUCGACAGCCUGCCUCGACCGCUAGACAGUCCACGAAACCCACACCGGCUGCUGCUGACAAUAGCGACCCGACCGUGUCCCAGCAGGAAAGCGCCAGUGCCAGCGAUGGGGCAUUCGCAAUCGACGACGAUGAUGGAGAGAGAGUGUUGAAUUUCACAGAAAACAAGGAGUUUGACGCGGACCGCGUGUUCGAAAGCGGCACAGACUCCCAGACAAGCAGGCAGUCCUUCUCUUGGUCGCUAGGCGAUAACAAGGCCCAGGUCAACGUCAUCUAUCUCGUACAGAUCGCAGAUGCACCGGGGGAGAUGGGAGGACCAUAUGAGCCCAAGGAGACGUACGUCGCCCUCCGAGAAUUAGAUCCACCGGGACAUGGCGAUAUCCUCGUCAAUGCCUCACAGACUGGCGUCGAUCUUGACUUCACAAAGUUUACCCCAAACAAUACCGGAGUCGGCUACGGAGGCGCGUACGCCAUUAAGGUCCAUUGGGAACGCGAGGACGGGCAGGGCAAGGGCUCGGUGUCGGGAUACUUCUCCGUGCUGGGCCCGGAAGAUGACGGCCAGGAUUUGCAGAAGAAGGUGCAAGACAGCCUAUCCAAGCUGAACUACUACAAGGAUGGCUUCGAGUCGUCCGGUGACGCUAUCCCCGAUGUCGCCCCGACUUCCAAAGGACCUGCCCCGACGGCAGAAAGCGGCGACAACCAGAGCAGCGAGACUGCCAGCAGCAACGCCGCCUCAGGCUCUGGGGAGGGCACUGAUAGCAGUGCAGGGAGAGGUGGUGGCGGCGGCGGUCUUGCCCCUGGGACCAUUGCUGGCAUUGUCGUCGGCGUCGUCGGCGGCCUAGCCCUCAUUGGCGGCCUGGUCUUUUUCCUCCUCCGUCGUCGCCGCCUGCACAAGACCAAGCAACGACACGCAGGCCCCCAGCACGAGGCCGGCAUGACAUCCUACGCUCUUGAUAAGGUGGACGGCAAUGUCGCACAUUCACCGUAUUCUGACGACGGGCAUGGCGUGGCCGCCAGGGGCUUUCCUGCCCAUGAUGGCGCUGCGGCGACUCAUACCACAGGAGCAGCAUCGCGUGAGCUUGUCAGGGGAGAGCCUGCUGUGGCAGACACACCGAGUCGACAGCGCGAUUACUCGCAUCUGGUGGAAGACGGCAUGACGGAGGACGACAUCCGGAGGCUGGAGGAAGAAGAAAGGGAGCUGGAUGAUGAGAUUGCGCGCGCGAGGAGAAGAUGA